AGAGUGUAUAGAAGAAAAUUAUUAUGAUUUGAAAGUGUCCGCCAUCUUUGUUUACAAGCUGCGGGUCAGUCUGGUGGCGCGAGGAUGAGGAGAGGCAAGCACGCGCCGCCCCGCGCCCACACGUCCGCCUAGCGCCCACGCCCCCGACCACCAGCCACCAUGUCUUUGGAUGGGCAGAUGGAGGGAGGGCAACAGGCCCAAACAGAGGCACAGCAGAGCCUCAAUAGCUUCUGGCCUAAAAUAACCGAGGACAUACGACAACUCACACAGAAUGACUUGAGGCAACAAGAGCUUCCCCUGGCUCGGAUAAAGAGGAUAAUGAAACUGGACGAGGAGGUGAAAAUGAUCAGUGCCGAAGCUCCAGUGUUGUUCAGCAAGGCAGCAGAGAUCUUCAUCACAGAGCUCACCCUCCGUGCUUGGAUACAUACUGAAGACAACAAGCGCAGAACACUACAGAGAAAUGAUAUUGCUAUGGCCAUCUCCAAGUAUGAUCAGUUUGACUUUCUCAUUGACAUUGUUCCAAGAGACGAACUGAAGCCCACCAAAAGCAGAGAUGAUGCUAACCGCACUGGCGUGCCCACCGACCAGCAUUAUUUCCAGAUAGCCCAGCACUACCAGGCUGUACUGCAGCAGUCCACAGCCAACAAUACCACCAGCAGCUCCCAGACUGUUCAACCAACCAGCGUUCAGCCACAGACAAUCCAGAUUGUCCAUGCUGGAGGACAGGCAUCAUCUGUACAGUCAUCUGGCACCACAGCAGCAUCCACCACACAGCCCCAGCAACAGGCUCCUCAGAUCAUUCAACUACAGGCACAGACUCAGCCACAGCAGAGUCAGCCUCAGGCACAGCAAUCACAACAGACAUCCAGUGGAGGCAUCCAAAUCAUCCAGCAGAUAAUUGGGCCUGAUGGACAGAUACAGCAGAUACCUAUCCAGUUGACGCCCCAGCAACUCCAGAUGAUAAAGCUGCAGAUGUCAGGAGCCACACAACAGCCGAUCAUCAUCCAGACAGCACCCAUCCAGGCUGUCACACAGCAGGCACAGACUGUCGUCACCUCACAGCCACAGAUCAUCCAACUCCAGCAGAGUGGAGGACAGCCAGUUUACAUCACACAAAGCCAAACUCAGCAGCAAUAACUUGCUGCAGCGCAUCAGAACCACCCACCUUUAGAUAUUAUGGCAACAUGCACUCACUACAUCACUGGUCUUUGCAAGACCUGACAUUGUGAAAAAGUACAAUGUUUCUAUGCCCACAGUAGGAUGGAGCUGAUUUCAUUCCAAGUGGCCUUCAUGUUUAUAAGUAUUAAGCAGCAGGCUUGAACAGACUCCUGAUAGGUUGGAGGCUCUGAGGUGACCCUCUGUUCUUAGAGGGUGAGGAUGGUCUAGGGACUGCCCUGUUCUCUUGCUGAGUCACAUUAGCAUUAGGGGCAUUUUGAGAUGCUUGAGAGCAUAGCAGCAACACACACCAUGCAUUCAUAUUGCUCCCAGGAUGGUGCCCACUAGUCUUGGAUGACACAACUCACUGGUAAGGUAAAGGGUGUGUUUGGUACAAUGCAUUCUUUUUUUCAAUUGGUUUGUGUGUUGGUAGAGAAAUAGAGACUGGAUGCACCAGAUGUGUUUAUCUAGUUUAUGCAAAAUAUAUUUUCAGACAAUUAGAUUCAUAUCAAAGAAUGUAUAAAGGAAUUGUAAAAAUAGCAUUUUAAUCCUCCACCUCUAUCUUGCUGGUGAUUUCCUCAUUUAUCAUUUUGUAAAAUAUAACUUAAGCAAUAAACUUAGCGUUUUGUAAA